UUCCCUCCACUCCCCGCUUCGUCUUCUCCGCUCGCCACAGGCAGCAGCUUCCCCUCGAAACCCACACACCAUUUCCCCCACACAAACCCUAGCCCUCGUCCUUGCCAUGGCUGCCGCUCCAGCACGCCUCAGAUUCUUCCUCCUCCUGGUGGCACUGCUCCCCUCCCUCGCCGCGGCCCAGUCCCGCCCCUUCGGAGGGGCGCCGCCGGGGUACGCGCGGUACGUGGCGGACGCGGCGGGGGAGGAGCAGGAGGAGUACGACUACAUCGUGGUCGGGGGCGGCGCGGCGGGGUGCCCGCUCGCGGCCACGCUGGCGGGGCCGGGGGGCGGGCGCGUGCUCCUGCUCGAGCGCGGCGGCGCGCCCAGCGAGUUCCCGGCGCUCGCCACCGCGGGAGGGUUCGUCAGGACGCUCGCGCUCGCGGACCCUUCGCCCGAGUCCGACGCGCCCGCGCAGGCGUUCAGCUCCGAGGACGGCGUCGCCAACGUGCGCGCACGGGUGCUCGGCGGCGGCACCGCCAUCAAUGCCGGGUUCUACUCCCGCGCGCACCCGAGCUGGUUUCAGGGCCAAGGGGAGACUCAGGGUGCUGAGGUAACGGAUUGGGACAUGCGUCUGGUGAAUGCAUCAUAUGAGUGGGUGGAGCAAGAGCUGGCAUUCCAGCCGGAGGUGCAUGGGUGGCAGGCGGCGGUACGCGCUGCACUGCUGGAAGCUAAUGUGACGCCGUGGAACGGCUUCACGGUGGAGCAUGUCACUGGCACUAAGAUUGGUGCCACCACCUUUGAUGCAUCAGGGCGCCGCCACAGCGCUGCGGACCUCCUUGCUUUUGCCCGUCCUGGUCGUCUCCAUGUUGCUAUCCGUGCUACGGUUACCCGCAUCAUCAUUAACCCUAUUGAUCCUGCCGCGCGCCGUGGAAGGUCUAGACCAGCAGUAGCAGCAGUUGGCGUUGUGUACCAGGACCGUCUUCUCCAGCAGCACCAUGCCCUGUUGCGCCCAGGUGGGGAGGUCAUACUUUCUGCAGGUGCCCUAGGAAGUCCCCAACUGCUGCUUCUCAGUGGCAUUGGUCCUGCUAGUGAUCUUACGUCCCUCGGCAUCCCCAAUUCUGCUGAUGCCCCUGAUGUUGGCAAGCAUAUGUUUGACAACCCUCGUAACGGCAUCUCCAUCAUCCCAUCAGUCCCUAUUGACCACUCCCUUAUCCAGGUAGUUGGCAUCCCUUCUGCUAAUGGAACUGCCUCCUACCUCGAGGCUGCGUCAUACAUUGUCCCCCUUGCUCCUAUGCUGCGCCCUGCCGGUCCUUUUAUCAGCCCUUCUUCCCCACUCUAUGUUACUAUGGCAACUAUCAUGGAAAAGGUUCCUGGCCCAUUAUCUGAGGGUUCACUCUGGCUAUCAUCACCCAACCCCUUGGAGACCCCUGCCGUCCGUUUCAACUACUUCAGCCGCCCCGAGGACCUGGCACAAUGCGUCGUGGGGGUCCGCCGUGUCGCGCAAGUGCUCCGGAGCAGGACAAUGGACAUAUUCCGUUCGACAGUAGGGUCAUCGAGCCAAGGCAGGAGAGGGCCUGUCAGGAGGGACUUCAGGAUCGUGGGGGCAACGCUGCCAGUCGACUGGAGCACGAACAACACGGCCGUCGCAGAUUUCUGCAGGCGAACCGUGACGACGCUAUGGCACUAUCAUGGAGGGUGUGUGGUUGGGAAGGUUGUUGACAGGGAUUUCCGGGUCAUCGGCACGCGCGCUCUUCGUGUGGUGGAUGGGUCGACAUUCAGCGUGACACCUGGGACGAAUCCUCAAGCCACAGUCAUGAUGAUGGGCAGGUAUGUGGGGCAGAAGAUGGUUGGGGAGCGACACAGCAGAAGGCAAGCGAACAUAUCAUCGUAACCCGGCCUCUUCCCACGCUUGAGAAAUCCAUCUAACAGCUCAUUCUACUCAUGAAGCGCACCAUAGAGUACUUCUCUUACGACGCAUAUAUAACGGCGACUACUUUACGUUUUUGCUAGCGACAUAUACUACAGUACGAUGUAUAGAGUAAUAAUGAUGAUUUUUUUGGGGGGUGUGUAUAUUUUGUACAUUGAUAGCAUGACCUGCCUAGACAUUACAAUUUUUGGUUAAACGAAUUAUAUUCACAGGACAGAUGGUUAAUAAGGCCAGUUAGUUUA